AUGGUUCAUGAACCUCAAUCCAAACACCCGCAACACUCGACACACUCCGGCCUGGCUCUCAACGAAUUAGGCCAUCUGCCCUUCAGCCUUCGAGUCGAGAGUCGGGAACCAAGGACGAAGUGGCCCAGCGAAGCACUCUCGUCCCUGCUUGUCCCCGUCGGGAAAGCCUCAAGCAGUCCUUGGGAUCCCCAUCAGAGCUCCUCCCGAAGCCCCUCGACUUUCGGUCGAACCCCUUUAACAAGUCUAGCUAGCCUUCUGCUCCUCGACGUCCAAGGCGACCUUGCUUCUCUCGGCCGCCCAGGGUCAGUCAACCCUCGCUCGACUCAAGCAGGCCAAGCACGGCAGUCUCUGCAAUACCCUGGAGCGUUACCGACCACGAUCAUGCGCCGCUCAGCCUCGAUUCAUGCCAUCACCCAUCAGUGGCGGAACACGCACCCCGAAAACGUGCUGCAACCCUACAAAUUCAUCCCUGAGCCGCUGUUCCUCCGUCCUCGCCAUUUCCCGGCCAGCGGCUUUCACGCAGUCCUACCGUCGUGUCGCCAAACCAAUCCUAGCCCCCUCACCUUUGUGCAACCAUUCUCCUUGUUCCCCUCCACUGUCUCCAGAGAAACCUGGUCCACGCUAGCGAACUAG